CGAUGGCUCAAAGGCCACCUGGCCGCCACGAACUCUCAGGGGCGACGGUGCUGCCAAGACACGACUUAUGGCCCACACCGAACAACACCGGGGUCCGUGCUUCCCCCAGGCGUUCCGACAUUUGACGAGUUUCGAACGAUCAAAAUUGAGAUCGGCGUCUCGCAGUCGUGGGGCAUGGAGCAAGGACAACUUGACCACAAGGCGAUAUCGAUAUGGACCGUGGUGCCAGGCGUUGAAUGCGUCCAGUGCGUGAAGUUCGACCACGAUUUUGCGAAUGCUGAGUACAAGCUGUACGAUGUUCGAGUAAACCCACUGAUGCUGCUGGAUCCACUCCCAAUUGUCGCUCCAAGAACCGUGAUCGAGUUGGACGGACGUCGAACCCUCAGUAUUCCGUCAGGUAUGAUGCUCCCAGUAGGUUUCCCGGCAACCCUGUCGGUGGAUUUGUACUCUCCGUUGGUCUGGGCAAUGCGUUAG